AUCUGAUGCUAAUUAUAUUCUUUUUGAUAUAAUAAGAUUACUUGCAUUAGAAAAUAAUCUUUUAGACAGAACUAAAGAAGCUGGAAUUGAAAGAUAUUUUCUAGCCAGUUGUGCAAAAAUUGGCAAUUUAGCUUUAUGCAAUUGUUAUUAUUUUGCCAGGUCUUUAUUAAGUUCAAUACUAUCUAAAGUUAAGUAA